CAUUCAAAACAUUUAUGUAUUUACUUAAACUACCACUGCUUCUAAGUAAAAAAUGAAAUGUAAAUAUUUUUAAGGACAUUGCAUUGUUUGGUGUUCGGCGGUAUCAGUUUUUACUGCAAUUCCUAGCGACCAAUAUCAGUAGUGUCCGAUAUUAGGAUAUGUGAGCUUCCUGCAGACACUAUUCCGUUCUGUGAUGUUAAUGUAUGUUAUAAGUCAAUGAUGUCCGGAGAAAUCCAUAGUGGUGUUCAAGAUGUAUCUGUAAUAAAUAAUGACAGCAAUAACAACAAAGAUGACGAGGAUGACAAAUCCAGCGAAGCCAUUAAGAAAGUUCCAUUAUGCUGCGAGCUCUGCAAUAUAAAGGUAACAAGCGGCAAAAUCUUACAAAGACAUCUCGAUGGAAGAAGACACAAAAUGCGAAUGGAGCGUAGAGGAAAAUGCUUCAGAUGCGAUUUAUGCGACUUGACAGCCAAUAGCGAGACACAACUUAAUAUCCAUUUAAAUAGUUCAAGACAUAAAGCUAAAUUGCAAAAAAAGGAAUACAGUGAAUUUACGGAUAUUACAACUAGUGUAAAGGGUAUAUGGAUCUUAAUUUUUUGUAUUGUUUGUAUCUUUCUAAAUUUAUUCUUAUUAUUUAAACUUAUUUUAUAAAUAACUUUGUACCUUAGCAGUAUUGAUUGUACUUAGUAUUUUUUUUAA